GCUAUGGCGAGUGAUUCUGACAUGAGUAGCUGGACCGAUCUUCUCCAUUCUUCAACGAAACUGCUCGAACAAGCGGCUCCUUCUGCUCAGUUUCCUCCUCUUCAGAGGAACUUAGAUCAGUUAGAAGCAUUAUCUAAGAAGCUCAAGGCAAAAACUGUUAGAACAGAGGCUCCUUCUCAGUCUAUUGCUGCCACAAGGUUACUUGCACGUGAGGGAAUAAAUGCGGAACAGCUUGCUCGGGAUUUGAAAUCUUUUGAAUUGAAGACAACAUUUGAGGAUGUUUUCCCUGCCGAGGCAACUAGCAUUGAAGAAUAUUUGCAGCAGGUUCAUGAAAUUGCAAUGGUGUCGGCAAUCCAAGAAGCUCAGAAGGAUAACCUCAGAAGUUUCAAUGAUUACAUGAUGAAAGUUCAGCAGGAGGACUGGCAAAAAGAAAAACGUGACUUUCUUCAGAGCCUAAGCCGAAUUUCAACACUACCCAAGACUAACAUGAUUGAUACAAGCACAGGGGGAACUCGUUCAGGUCAAAUAGUGUCCGUGACUUCUAGUCCACAUAUUUCCUCAGGGCCAUCUAGCAUGGAGCUUGUACCCUUAGCUAACAAGCCUGUCCAAGAGAAAAAAGCAACUGUCUAUGCUGAAGUUGUGAAGAACCUAAACAAUGCGAGAGAGCGAGGAUUACCAUUUAAACCUGCAGCAGCUUUUAGGAGUGCUUAUGAAAGUUUGGGCGUUGUAGUAUCUGGUGGAAAAUCAGUUAACAUACAGAAAAUAUGGCACCUUCUUCAGAUGAUGAUGGGUGAGGAUGCAACUUUGCAACGAAAUGUUUCUAGAAAGAUGUCAUUAGUAAUUGGUGCGAGGCGUCAUCUGGAGUGCGGGCAUGAGAAAUAUAUUAUGGAUACGAUACAAAGCCAUCCUGCGCAAGCUGCUCUAGGUGGAACUGUUGGAAAUUUGCAAAGAGUCCGCGCCUUUCUUCGGAUUCGAUUAAGGGAUUAUGGAGUUCUAGAUUUUGAUGCUGGUGAUGCUCGUAGGCAGCCUCCAGUUGAUACCACUUGGCAGCAGGUUUUAUUUGAUUGUUAUUACUGUUAA